AAUCUCACGCGGAACCCGGAAGUUGUACUCAUGGCCAGUGCAGAGCAUCUUCGCCGCGAAAUGUUAUUGUUGUCAUACAAUAACUAAUGUUCGUUUGCAUUGUUCCUCUUCCUUAACACCUGAACCAUGAACAGGUCCCAACCCAAACGCUCCAAAAUAUUAAGAAUGGCUCUCUCGGACUCCACUCGGUCGGGAAAAGACGAGUCCUUUAUCCUGAGAGCGACUAAGAUCGCUGUGGUUGUGGCUCUUUACUGGUUCAUCUCGAUUUCCAUGGUGUUCUUGAACAACUUCCUGUUAGACAACAAGGAGCUGGACGCGCCGGUCUUCAUCACUUUUUUCCAGUGUGUCGUUAGCGUUGGAUUGUGUUGGAUCUUGCACUUUCUCUCUAAAUUAUGUCCUGGAUUCGUGGAUUUUCCGUCUUUAAAAUUCAACUUGAGAGUGUCCAGAGAGAUCAUGCCACUGACCGUCGUGUUCAUCUGCAUGAUCACAUUCAACAACUUGUGCCUGAAGCACGUGGGAGUUGCCUUCUACACCGUUGGACGGUCGCUCACCACCGUGUUUAACGUGGUUCUGUCCUACGCGGUUCUGAAGCAGACCACGUCCUUCUACGCGGUGCUAAGUUGCGGAGUCAUUCUUGGGGGAUUCUGGCUGGGUGUGGACCAAGAAUCUAUUGCAGGUUCCCUUUCUUGGACAGGUGUCUUUUUCGGCGUAAUUGCCAGUCUUUGUGUAUCUCUCAAUGCCAUCUACACAAAAAAAGUGAUGCCGGUGGUAGAUGGAAAUAUCUGGAAGCUCUCCUACUACAACAACCUCAAUGCCAGUGUACUUUUCAUUCCACUUAUUGUCAUUUUAGGCGAACUGAAAAGCGUGUUGGAGUUUAACCGACUGACACACUUACAUUUUUGGGGCAUGAUGAUUGUGGGUGGAGUCUUUGGCUUUGCCAUCGGUUACGUGACAGGACUUCAGAUCAAAUGCACGAGUCCAUUGACACACAAUGUGUCUGGUACAGCCAAAUCCUGCGCACAGACCGUGCUGGCGGUCAUCUACUCGGCCUCCAGUAAGAGUAAGCUCUGGUGGACAAGCAAUAUGAUGGUGCUUGUGGGAUCCUUCGCCUACACCUGGGUCAGAGGAGUCGAGAUGAAGAAAGUUCAAGUGCCUCCGGAAACACAAGCCACAAACACUCUGAAAAGUAAAGAGGGUUUAGCGGUGUGAAAAUAAAUUUUAGAAUAAAUAGAGACUGAUUAGCAGGUCUAUAUAUAGGCGACAUGUGUAUAUUUAUAUGAGCAUUUGAAUGUUUGAUGUAUAUACAUGUAUUUUCUAGUGUAAAUGAUCAUUAUUAAAACCCGUUUAACAAAA